UGUGCAUUAAAUUUAUGCAAAAGAAACAAAAUAAAAAUAAACCUAUUUGAGUACAAACUGACAUAUAAAGAUAAAAAAGAGUCCACCAUGAAUGAAACAUGACAACCUUUUUUAAAUGGACUGCAAUAUUGUUUUUUAUUUUUGUUAUUUUUCUAAAGCAAUCUUUUGCAAAUAUUUUGCAAAAAAAUUUUAGAGGCAAUCACUUAGAACAAAAAUUUGCAACUGUUACUUCAUCUACAAAUAAUAAACCAAUAUACAAACGUGAAGUCAGUUUUUUUGAUAAAAAUGCAAAACACAAAGGUUCAGAUGUGAUUAACAAAAAAAAUCUGGUUCUUUUUCGUGACAGCAACAACAAAGUAAUAGCUACAUUAAGAGAUCCACGCACAUGGAACAGCGCUAAUGUCACUCUAUCAAAAAUUGAUGACUAUAAACGACUACAGCAAGAACUUCGUAGUUUGGCAAUCUUUAAAGAUACAAUUAGCUUUCCGAUGGUGAAAAAGAAAGAAAAAGAUGGAAUUAACGCACCUAAUAAAAAGUUCCAUAUAACUCAUACAGCAAAACACAUAUCAGGCAAAAAAGUUCAAAAUAAACAGAUUGAAAAAAACUUGUAUUUUUAUGAUAAAAAUAAAAAAGUGAACACAACAUCAAAACACCAACGAUCUCGGAACAACUCUAAAGUUUCUCUAUCUGAUGAUUACAAAAGACAUCAACAAAAGAUCGAUAGGGUUUCUAUUAAAGGUGAACAAAGACAAGAAAUAUUCAAACCUCAGCAAAUGAUCUUAAUUGAUGAUCCUAAUAAUAGCUCACUUGAGAAUGCAAACCUAGAUGUGGUAUUGGAUAAUACUAGAAUUACAGACUUAGAAGGUAUGGCUCCUAAUAUUAAAGUUGAAGAAAAAGAUGACGAGAAUGUUAACAAAGGUUUUGGAGAUCAAAGAAACUAUACGUUAGAGUAUAGCUUGCAAGAAGAUGCACCGAGAGAAACUGAUGGGUCUUUAAGUACUGGAGUAAUCAGCUAUGGUGAUUCAAUAGGUGAUCCUUUAGGAGACCAAUAUGAAGUUCAAAGUACAUUCGAACCAAAAAAAGAAGCUUUAAAAUCAGCUCCUUUAAAAACUGCAUUAGAAAUUCCAUUUGAAAAGUACAAAAACAAAAACGACAUGUUUAACAACAAAUUUUCUAUAACAAAAGGAAAAACAAACAUAACUGAACUUCCAGAUGUAUCAAAGAUCAAUUUAAUUUUACCUAUUAAAACAGUCAAAAAUAACAUCACAAACAAAAACUACACCAUAAACAACAGAAAACUAACAGAAAAUAUUCCCAUGAGAACAAAAAAUUUGACAAAAGAAACUACUAAUCUUACUGCAGAUUUUCGUUUGAAAAACAAAGAUGACUUUGAUGGAUUAGAUUCUUUUUUGAAAAUGAAAAUGAAUAUAUCAGAGAUAAACGAUAAAGAUUUAAGCGAGAAAAAUCAAUUUUUACUUAUAGAAAAUAAAAAUGAUCAAUGGUAUAAAACAGUAAAUGAAAAUAUAAAAAUAAACGAAAGUAGAAAAAUAAAAGAAAAUAGAAUAAAAGGAGAACGAAGAACAAAUAGCGAAAUAGGGAAAAAGAAAACAGAAAGUGAAAAAAUAAAUUACCCAAGAUUUGAUAAUCAUGAAAUGGAUCAAAGUUAUUCAAUUAGAAACAUUGCUAUCGUAGAAAACAGCUCAACCGCGUUUGAAAACAGUUCAAGCGCGUUUGAAAACAAUUUAACCGCGUUUAAAAACGAUUCUACCGCGUAUGAAAACAAUUUAACCGCGUUCGAAAACAAUACAACCGCGUUUGAAAGCAAUUCAACCGCGUUUGAAAGCAAUUCAACCACGUUUAAAAGCAACUCAACUGCGUUUGAAAACAAUUCUACUGCGUUUGAAAACUACUCAAUCACCUUUAAAAACAAUUUAGCUUCAUUUGAAAGCAGUAAUGAAUCUCAACCAGAAGUAAUUUCAAUGGUUCCUUUAAAAAAACAAAACAAAACUAGUUCUAGAUUUGUGUUUGACUCCUUAAAUAACGAUAACAAAUCUUUUAACGGUAACCAUUAUUAUGAUCUUGAGCAAAUAAAGCAGACGCUCAUUGAUCGCAAUUAUGAGAAUAAAAAAAAUAAUUCAAUGUUCAUUGGUGGGAACUAUGAGAAUUUAAAAAUUUAUUCAGGAUAUAGUAAUCAAAGCAAUAAAAAAGCCAAAUUAAAAUACGUUCUUAAACGGAUAAAUGUUUCAGAAGUUGAAAAUACUUAUUUAAGAAGCACCGUGCUGCAGAAUGGUCGAUUUCGACAAUCUUAUCAAAGACCAAAAAAAGAUUUUUUAAUGCAAGAAAAUCAUCCAUCCAGAAAAUCAGUUAAAACAAAAGCUUUUUACUCUACUACUAAAAAUUCUUUAAAAGAUAAAAUUGAGAGAAGUUUCAUAUUUGACAAAUAUUAUGAAAACGAUAAUAAAAAUCAUCUAUACAAAAAAACAAACAAUUUUGAAAACUAUGACGAUGGGUUAUACGACAGCGACCAGCUAAGUUACAAUGAUCUCCAUAAUGAAAUACAAAAUCUACACACUCGUGUUUCAAAUGACGCAGAUCCUGAUAAUGAAGUUCCACCUAGUAAAAAUAUAGAUGAAGUUGAAGAAUUAGAUAGAGACAAAAUAGAACGUUUAGCGGAUGAAAAAAAUGAUUUUUUUCCAAAAAGAGACUUUAAUGUGUCAAUGGAGCCAAUGGAAUUUAUAGAGUCAGAUGACUUACUUGAGUCAGAGAGCUAUAAAAAAAAAGUUGAAAGAGUAAAAAGGAUGAGACACGUUUUUCAUCCAACUGUUGAUCUUGAAGAUACAAAACAAACUUUAUUAAUCUUAAACACCACUUUACAAACAAGUCGUUCAGGCUCUAGCCCUCAGAGUUCGGACUCUCAGAAUGGUUUUUUAGAUUCUCCGAUACCAGCUAAAAGUUCAACUAUCAAUCCAACAACGUCUGCGUAUUCUUUUACAAAAGCAAUAGUUCCUUUUGUUUACAAUACCACACCCAAAUCAUUUGUUACAAACCUAAAAAUUAUCUCAGAUUACAAUUCAGAAAAUUCGUUAAGAAGUAUAAAUGAUAACGACAAUAGCGACAUUAAAGCAAAAUUUAAAAAUGUAAUUGUUUCUGAUACAACGCUCAACAAAACAGAAAACGAAUACAACAAUGGAUUAGAUACAUCUCGAGUAAAUAAAGAAACAGAAACUUCAGGUAAAUCAGUUUCCAUGUCGUCACCUCAUAUUUUAAUGGAUAUUGGGAUUUAUCCAACUUUAUUGAACGAAAAUAAAGAACCGGUAACCAGCAACCGAAUACCAGAAAAUCUCCCUCAAUCUGGUAAAAGUUACGAAAACCCGCCAAAACUUCAGCUAGCACAGAAUUAUGAGUCUCUUAAAGAUUUGGACUUCAAUGGAACACCUGACGCAGAUGAUCUAUUAGAUGAAAAGUACGCUUCUGAAGAAGCAAAAAACUUUAAUCAAAAGAAUCUUGAACAAAACAUAACCAACAACAGUUACAAUAAUUUUUCUUAUAAAGAAAAAGAACAUUCUUUAGGUCUUGAAAAGGGUCUUAUUGCCUUAGAUUCUCACAAUGAGAAUCUAAGGCAAUUAGAGUCGUACAAGUCAAUAAAAUAUUCAGAGCAGCCAGAAUACUUUCAGCAAUCAAAAAAAAAAAGUGCUAACGAAUCGCUUGAGGAUGCAUUUGUUAUCAAUAAAAAGCAAGAAGAUAAGAAACGAAAAGAAAUUUCUACUGAAAAUCUAAUCCCCACAAAAGUAGAUGAUCACUUCUACCCUCCAUUUAAAGGUAUUGAUCAGAACGAUUACGUAAUUGACAAAUUUUCGUUAAAUCCAAACUUUAUUGACAAAGAUGGUAAACUUAAAAUCAGUGCAGAACAAAUGAAAUCUUCAGGAGUAAAAUCAAAUAAAAGUAGUGAACUGAAAGAGAACACGAACAACAAGCUGUCAAAUGGCCUUACAAAAGGCAAUGAAAGUGAGUCACCAACAAACAGCAUUGAAAAUAUAUUACCAACAAAAAGUUAUGAGAAUGGAUCGCCAACAAAGAUUAGCAUAAAAUUUCAUGUUUUAGAUGGAAGUAAAGACAAAAGCAAGCCAAUAAAAGAGCUUGUUAUUCCGAUAGGUAGUUUUACAUCAAAAAUCUCUCAAGAAAUACCUGACAAAGAUGAAGUUUUAAUUCAACUCACAAAACUAUUAUUAAAACUUUUUGGCAAGUCAAAUAACAAACUGUUCGAAAACAAAGAUAUAUCAACAGCAAAUGAAGAAAAAUUGCAUCAGAAAGAAAAUCCAACAGACAUUUUGCAAACUUCAAAUCUUCUUAAAAGUCUUAGUGAAAAACCUGAUGUGGAAGAAGUUUACCAACAAAGUGAAAAUAAAGAAAAUGAAAUUCAAUCAACUGAUUUAAAUAAGUAUCUGAAGUCUCAUGAUAUUAACAAAGAUUUGAAAAGUGCAGUUCAAAGCAUAUUAAAAGAAAUGAGUGAUGAGAGAAGUCAAUCUCUACUUUUGAGCAAAAUUGAUAAAAGUCGGAACAAUCCUGUUAAUAGAUAUGCGUCAUAUAAAGGUCCUGAAAUGGAAUCAACUGAUGAUGAUACAAGAAAUAAUGCUUUAGAUCUUGCAAUUAAAAUAAUUAAUUCAGAAAUAAAAAAAAAUUUUGACUGGAAAAAACAAAAAAAUAUACCUCAACUUUUAAGAGAUGAAUCAAUUAAUGACGAAAACCCAUUUGUUAAAAACAAUACUUAUAACAAUAAUGACGAAAACCCAUUUGUUAAAAAUAAUACUUUCAACAACAACCAAACUUCUAAUAAUGACAAUGUUUUUAAUAGAAACGAGAAUAAUAAUAAAAACAAUUAUUUAAAUAAAAACAAUUCUUUUAAUAUAUACAACAAUUCUAAUAAGAAUGCUGAAGAUUUUUUACGUUCAGAUAAAAUUACUUUUUUAACAAACAGUGACAUAAAAAGUGAAACAUCGAAAAAGAUAACAAACAUUAAAGAAAUGGUAAAGCAAGACAAUGUUCCAACUAAUGUCAUUGUUGAUCCUUUAAGUACUUCAUUUAACUCGGCAAAAAAUGCAGACCCAAGGGGUAAAACCUCGGAAGUUAAAAAUGAGAGGAACUUAACAGUUCAAAAACUUAAUGAGUUUUUACCAUCAUACAAAAAUGAAAUUUUGAGAUCAAGCGAGCAAAAGUAUAUCCAACCAAAAUACAAUAAAAAAGUGAACCCUUAUAGUUAUCUAGAAAAAAAUAAUAAUGACUUCAAAAGCAUAAAAAAGUCUAUUUUAAAAGUAACAGGAGUCAUUCAACCGUUAGAAUAUGAAUUUCAUGAUGGCUCCCGUCUAGAAAACGCGUCUAAAUUUACAAAUGAUUUGGGAGGAACAUUAAAUACUAUGCCGUUGUUAAAUCAAAAAAAUUUAUUUUUUUCUGAUUGUUCUUGCGAUUCUUGUCCUUGUAAAUUAGGUAAAAAAGUGAUAAAUGAAAAUUCAAUUAGACGUCAAGCAACGACAAUUUCUUCUUAUGACGAUGAAAAAAUGAUGAGCUCUCGAUCCUCUUUUGAAAAUGUUCAGCCAACAUCAUCUCCAUAUUUUAUGACCACCAAAUCUUUACUUGAUUUUAGUAAACAAACUUUCGAAGAGCCUUGUUUUGGAGAUUUUUGCGAACAGAAAUCUUGUGUUUCACCACCUUGUUACAAUCAAGAAGAGCAGUGUUUAAGUCCACCUUGCUCAUUUCCAGGAACUGACUGGAAAGUGUCACAUAUGUCAUAUGGAUCCGCCUGUUUGUGUUUAGACGGUAAAAACAAUUGCUCGUGUCAUACUGACAAAGAAACUCCAAAAUUUUCUUCAUAUUCUUCACGUCCUCUUGUAACUCAAAGUCCAUUAUGCAACAACCCACCUUGUAUUCAACAAGCAAAUUCUUAUUCAAAUUGUGCAAAUUAUCCAUGUCAAUUUCAAAGUUAUUUUAAUAUUCCUUUAAGUUGUACAAAUGCCCCAUGUCAAAAUAAUCAAAAUGCAGUCACACAAAAUGCAGGUCUGCAAAAUGCAAUCACACAAAAUGUAGGUAUGCAAAAUGCAAUCACACAAAAUGCAGGUAUGCAAAAUGCAAUUGUUCAAAGUCCAGGUAAUUUUCGCUGCACAAAUUCACCCUGCCAACAAAAUGAUUUUUCUAGCCAGUGUUAUGGUACACAAUGUUCCUCGCCUCCAAACUUUAGCACAAAUUGCUUCUCGCCCCAAAAUUUUUACUCUCAAUGCUCGUUACCUCAAAAAUAUAAUAAUUAUAAUAAAGAUUUCACCAACCAUCCACAAAAUUGCGGAAACGGAAUACCGUGUAUCAGCUCCUCUGCAAACUAUUUUAAUAAUUUUGAAAACAGUUAUGGAAACUUACCAAACUUUUAUCAGCCACAAUGUACCAAUAUGAUGUGCUGCAAUAAUUCUCCUUGUUUAAAUGAUCAAAUUAAAGAUAAAAAAAAGAAAAAUAAAAAUACAGAAAGUGAGAAUGAUGAUAACAGUAUAAAUUUAAAAAUAGAAAAUACAUACAGUCAGGAGGACACAACUACAAAAUCGCCCACGCGUAGACCAACAAGAAAGGUGUUAAUUGUUUUUGCACCCACUCAACCACCUAAAAUAAUUUAUGCCCCACCACCAGCACCACCACCACCAAUUUAUUCAGUCCAAGCUCCAAAAACAAUCUAUAAAACUGUAUCUAUUGCAACCACUCCAAUUACCAAUCAAAUACAAGUACAACCAGUUGUAACUAAUUACCAACCAAGUACUAGUUCACCCCGAAUAGUUAAUGUAGCUGCUGAACCAACGGUUACUAAACCAUUGUAUGUUAUUCGUUAUAUAAAUCGUGUUCCACAACGUUCGAAACCUAAAGUUGUUGUUAAUCCUAAGGUCCCACAGAGAAUUGUUACAGCACCAAUGGCUGCUGAGAAAAUAAUUAAAAAACCAUUACAGAGCUAUCAAUUCAAAAGACCAUCUUUCUAUAGAGGUUCUAACAGACUUUCUAAUUAUCAAAAUAAUAUUAACUCAGAGUAUAACAGAAGACCUGUUUCUUUUAAUCGAUAUUCAAGUAGAAACACUGGUAAACAAACUACAAGACCUACCUCAGCUAAUCGUUAUUCGAAUAGAGUUCCUAGUGAAUUAAAUACACGACCUACUUCAAUUAAUCGUUAUUCAAAUAGACUUCCAAGUGAAACAAGUACUCCUUAUGAAUACAAUCCUUUAUCUAAAAAUUCAAGGAAAUUAAAUGCACUUCGUCAGAAAAACCGAUUUAGGGAUAACUUUCGACCUACAAACUCAACAGUUGAUCAGGAUUCAAUGAAUUAUGAAGAAAAUCCAAGUUAUUUCAACCCAACAAAGUAUCAAAAAAGUAAAAAUAAAUUUCCUGGCAAUAAUCCCUUCAAAAAUAAACUGCGAGUUUCAAAUAAUGACCCAUCUAAUGAUCCGGAAAAUUCGUUAUUAUCUUCUUCAUUUGUGCACACUAAGCCAAGAAAUUUGGAAAAUGAAGCGGAAGAAGAGGAAGGAACGGUAUUCGAUUCUGAAGAUGUAUUCGAAUCAAACUCAGUAGAUGGUAAUUCUUCUAAGGAUAGAUUAUCAAGUCAAAGUGUAUUGGAACUUGCAAAAAAUAAAAAAUUUCGCAAUCAGUUAAAGAAUAUGAAAGGAAAUGAUAAUAUUGAAAAGCUUGUCAAAGGAAUAACCAACCACGCACGUAAUUCAGGAGCUAUACCAAUGUCAGAUAUUGAAGAAAGAAUUUCUGAUCUUUUAGCCGAAGCCAUCGUUUCUGCUAAGCAGACUAGUGGUUCAAAAAAACACAUUGAGAGUGGUUUCAAAAAAAAAGUUAAUCCAUUGAGUGAGUUUUUUGAAAACGGAUUAGUGAGACAUAAUAUUGCAAGCAGAUUAUCAAAUUAUUUUUCUUAUGCUAGUAAAGGACAUGAAAAUACUGAACAUAAAGAAUUGCUUCAAAACCAAAAAUCAAAUGUUAACAAAAUAACUAUAAAAAAAAAUGAUUUGGAUUCUAAAAUCGAUUCAUUAAACGCUUAUAAUACAUUGUUCAAAAACCUGACUAGUGGAAAUAUGGAAAAGGCAGUUGGAGCAAAGCGAUCAAAAACAACUACAAAAAAUGAAAUAUCAAAACAAAAUCUGUUUGGUUUUUCAUCUUCAAAAAACAAACUUUUAGAUAUUGCAAAGAUAAACUCCUCUUCAAAAGUUCUUGUAGUUAAAUCGUUUCAAAAUGGUAUUAAUGGUUUUACAAAAAAUCCAAAUUUAAAUCUUAAAGUUCCAAAUUUAAGACUUAAAUCUCAAAACCCUGUUGUUACAUCAAAACAAUUACCGACAGCCUUUGUUUCACAAAAACCAAAAUUAAAACCCAUAGUUAAAAAUGCUUUCAAAACAAAUCAACGUUUUAAUCAAAAUCCUCAAUUAAGUUUUUCGUUAAAAAAUGGUAAAAAUAGUAAUCAACCAAUUAAAAACACGUUUAAAAUGGAAAUAAAGAAAACAAAUUACAUUCAAAAAACUAAAGACAGAUAUCCUGAAAAUAACUUUCCAAUAAAGUCUAGUCAACAUACGACAAACAAUUUCAUUAAACAAACAGUUAAUCGGCUUAAAUUCAAACCAACAGAAAAGAAUCUGCGUGCUUUACACCCAAUAUCUACUCAGGUUUCAAAAUUUAUUCUCCCUUUAAAAAAUAACAAUUACCUACUAUUACCAAUUAGUGGCAAUCGUUUUACUACGGGCAUUGAAAGUCAAAAAUAUAUACUUUCAAAUAAGCAACCACAAAAAAAUUUGAACUCUUCACAUAUAAUAAACAUACGUAAUCCACUUCGUAAUUCGAAUACAGGAAAAAUAAUAAGAGAACCACAAACUGAUUUCUAUGCACAAAAUUUAAAAAAGAAACCGCAAAGCAUUUCCAACGCAAUACAGGUAAAAAAGACACCGAAUCACACCUUGGAUACAGUAAUAACAAUACGCAUACCAAAACAUAGACCAGAUGCAUCUAAAAUAAUGAGCAGACCGCAACACAACUUGCAUGCUAUAAAAAUCAAAAAAGGUACAGAGAAAGUUCUUAAACAACAACCAAUUUUUAUGUCACCAAUGAAUAUAGAAAAAACUAAUUGGCUUUUGUUUUCAAAAAACCAUUCCUCGUCUGCUUCAAAUAAAAAUAAUAGUACAAACAUAAAUAAAAAACCUUCUGGCUUGACUAAAAAUAAAGUUUUAAAGCUCCCUUACUCUUUAAAAUUUACUAAAAUGCGUGAUAACUUCAAAACUGAAAAAAUACAUAAAAAUGCUAAGUAUGUAGAAAACAAAAAACUGUUAGCUUUGAGUCCACAAGCUGUCGCCAUGUUGGCGUUUGCCGAUGAAUUAGAUAAAAAAAAUGAUAACGAAUUGAGCCUUAAGAAAGUUUGGGAAGAUAAAAACAAAAUGCAGGAAGCCAUUUUAAAAAAAUACAAAGAUAAACUGUUUCAAAGAAAAGAAGAAGGUUCUAUUAACAAAAAGGAAAAUGAUUCAGUUAGAGACGUACAUAAAAACAUUCAUAUUGAGUAUAAAAAUCUUAUUCGUAAUAUCCAAAAUAAAACCAACUACUUAGUAACCAAUCACCUACCAAAAUAUAUUGAGAUGGAGUUUGAAGCUACGACAGCGGCUCAGCGGCGCAUAGCUUACCCAACAAUGAGAGAGCUAAAAAGAAUGGUAAUAAAUUUUCAUAACAAGAAUUCAAUAAAAAACAUGCUAGAAAUUGAAAGAAAAAUUCAAGAUGUUACAAACAGCUUAGCAAGGUAUAAUCAACCAACGCCAAGCGGCAGCCAUAAAUUAAAAGCCAAAAUUAAAAAAAAGAUGCCAAAUGAACUUUUGAAUAAACAAAACAAUGCAUCAAAUAAAAAUAAAAUAGAGACACCUUUUACUCCAACACGUUUGAUAAGUAACUGGUUUCUCUGGAACAAUUAUCUGUCAAAGUUAGAAAAACAGAAUCCUUCUAGAACAAUUAAGCUUAAAGAUUCAUGACAUCAGUAAACUAUACACAGUACAUCACAACACAAACAUUAGCUGAAGUACACAUAUUUUAAACAUAUAUUUUUAUAUCUUUUGUAUAUAAACUAUUAAUGAAUUUUAUUUUGUA